GAUUGCCAGCAGCCAGCAGUUUGUGUCCCCAUAUGACGAGGUGAUAAAGAACACCAGUCAGGGGUCUUUAUCAGGGUAAGGUAAGCUUUUCUUGUCUUUCCUUGUCUGGUUUUUUUUGUGUCCCUUGUUCUUUCCUGACUCCUCUCAUUCAUGAUCCUUCGACACCGCUGCUGUGAAUAACCUCUCUUUGACCGCCAAUCACCGAUUGUACUCGAAGCUAUUGUCCUCGACCGACAAAGGGUCGCCGAGAGGAUAUUUUCGACAACUUUCAGUUCUUCUCCACAAACCAAAUACAACACAAUAAAACAAAACACAACACAACCAACUUUUCAUCACGAAAUUACAGCGAAGCGAAUAUUGCGAACAGCAAUCCACACUACAUACAACAAUCCACACGUACAGUACAUAACACAUCCACACCACCACAACCAUGGGCUUCAUACCAAGUUUCCAGUUCCCCCCAAUCUACUAUGCACACACCUCCUACCGACUCCUCCAGCUAGUCCUAGGCCUCACAGUAAUCGGACUCUACGGCAUCGACCUCCACAAAGCCAACAGCGUAGGAAAAUACUCCGACGCAAAAUGGGUAAGUCUCCCCUCCCCUCUCCCCAGUAUCCCCAAUUAACGAACCCCCCCAGGUCUACGCCAUCGUCGUCUCCUCCCUCUCAGCAGCCACAGCACUAUUCUACGCCAUCCCCCGCUUCCACCGCAUCCCCUUCAUCUUCGCAUGGGACAGCAUCCUCUUCAUCCUCUGGAUCGCGCUCUUCGGGCUGUUCGGGAAGAUGUACAUCAAAGAGAACCCCGAGGGUAAUAAAGGGAUUCGGCGGAUGAAGAAUGCGGUCUGGGUUGAUCUUGCGAAUGCGUGUUUGUGGUUUAUCUCGGCGCUGGGUAUGGCGGCGUAUUGGUUUAAGUUUAGGGGGAUGAGAACGAAGUGGACUGGUCGUGCGACGGUUUGAUUUGGUGGGAGGGGAUGGGAAGGAUGGGUGUUUGGAAGGGUGCGG